UGGAUGCACUAGUCCCCCGCCGAAAUAUGUCCGCCGUGUGACACCGUGAAGGCAUUUUUUUCCACUGCCGGAUAAACAAAGUUUAGAGCUUUAAAUGCAGGUUAUGGAAGCUUAAAUUCAAUGUCUUGAGAGGAAAACUGGCUUAAAGAAAACAAAAAGACUGCUUCACACGGAACAGGAUGGCGUCCCCUUCCCCACAUGACCGCAGCCGUAAAGAGGAGGACGAGGACGACCCUGUUGAACGGAUGAUAUCCCGCACCGGCUGUGCCGAGCUUCACUACGCAGUGCAGGAGUGCAUGGCUGAACACCAGGACUGGAGAGUGUGCCAGAGCCAGGUCCAGACUUUCAAAAGCUGCAUGAUGAAUUUCCAAAAUGCACAGAGAGAAAAGCUGAGGAAGCAGCAGCAAACCUCCACUUCAGCUGAGUCUGCAACCAGCUGAUAUCACAACAUCCAGCUGAUAUCACAACAUCCAACUGAAACCCAAGCACAGGAACGGGAUGUGUUUUUCAGAACCUUCUUGUUCUGCAUGAGGUGGGAAGACUAUAAUGAUUUAUACGUCAAUAAAUUAAGCUUUCACUUUCUUACGAUGUUAUUGGGUUCCCUCUAAUUGAAGUACUUGGUGAUGAAACUAUGUGUCUGUUUAUCUAUUACUGACAGAUGUCAGCCGAAAGUGACAGAAAUCAAAACGUCACUUGCCACAAUCCUCUGUGGGGAUUUGUUUUCUUUACAAACACAUAAGUACGUACAUGAUUUGCUCAGAUCAAGAGUUUGUGCAUACAAAAAUAACAAAAAAAUAAAUAUUCUAAAAGAC